UUAAAAUGUAAAAUUUUUUGGUUAACACUUUUGGUCAGACAAUUACCAUUUAAUGGCAGUUCCAUCAAAAAUAGUGUCGACUUUCUAGUAAAUAACCAAAUCCCAACAUUUUUAUAUAUAAUAUUUUGUAGAAAUCAAGUUAAAAAAGUAUCUGCAAUCGUCAAGUAAACGAAAACCCAAAGAAAACUGUCUAAAAACAGAAAACUUAAAAGAAAAAUAAUUUGCAGCAGCUGGUUUUCAUGCUCGCUUACAUUCACAGGAUAUUUUUUUGGAAGUAAGGAACCUUUUUCUGUUCAAUAAGUUAAAAAUCACAACAGGCUGUCGAGUUGCAAUCACUUUCCAGCUCCUUGUUUGAGUAUUUGUUUACAAGCUGGUAUCUGCUGUUGCCUUCAGAUACUUUAAGAUUUUUACUUUGAGUCUUGUGUCUAUAAAAGAAUCGCAAAGAUAUUGCUUCUGCAUGUAUGCGUAAUAUUUUUGUAAAUUGUUGACGAUUUUUUACUGUGUAUCUUGUGCCCAAUCUCACUCAAAACGGAGUUGUUUACAAUGUCUUACCAAAGUAUCUCACACAAAGUACCUUACUUACCCUAUGUAAACUGUGAACUGUGAAAAGUGUGUAAAGAAAAACUGAACAAAUUCCUACUCAACUCAAAGUGACAACGACAUAAACUUGUGGUGCAACAAACUCGUGCGUAUCUUUGAGUUAGUAGCUACCUAAACAGCGUUCCAUGCGUACGUAUCCUUCGAAACUGUUGUGUUAAUUAUAAUGAAAUUUUAUUUGUUUUUAUUGGCGAAAAUAGACACUCAUUUCGAACCGCGUGUGAAUUUUUAGAAAAAUUUUAGUGUUAAUAAAUUGUGAAAAUUAUUUAACAAUUUUGUGAAUUAUAUAAAAUAUUUUUCGAAUCUGAUUUGGAAUAUUUAUUAUGGUAGCAAAUCGGGAGCGAUCAAUUACACGGCAAUUACGUGCGUUGAGAAUUGCUUUGACAAAUUCCAAAACCGCCAGUUUAUCAAACGCGACUUCAAAUUCAAUUGCAACCGUUAAAACUGUCAAAUCAAUUACAAUUUUACAAUCGAACGCUGCCAUGAAACAGCAAAAAGGUUCAUAUGAAGUUGUUAGCAAAAUGUCAGUGAAACCAAAGACCACUUCAUCAGCACCGGCAUCCAAAACAACAACGCCAACCAAAUCGUUGAAAAAAAUGCACAGAAAUCAACGAUUUCCUAGAACAACGACAACAAAUGAGGGCAUAAAUACCAUUGCCUUACGAAAUGGUAUCACAACGAAUUUAUCACAUCAAAUACGAGCAGUUUCUAGUCCCUGCUUAACUGAUGCUGCAUUAGAGCAACCCAUAAAUUAUGCGCCAAAAAGUUCAAACCACCUAACCGUACCAACAGCUUCCUAUUCUGCGACAACUUCUACAUCUUCAUCGGCAUGUGAUGAUUUGGCAUUGCAAAUAAACGGCACCGGCAACGAUGCAAUUCAACGUAUGCCCACAAGCCAAAGUGUUGGGGUGCUCCAAAAAUUUAAAAGAACUUUAACAAAUUUCAACAAAAGCCAACCACAGCAACUCCCACAACAGGCGCGCCCAACAAAAAUCAGCACAACAACGGCAGCAACAACAACUAGCACACAAAUUCCUGAGGCUGCUCUUCCGAAUGGGCAACCGACGCUUACCACUGAGCUACCAAACAGUGACAUUGUUGAUGGCACAGCAGGCAAGUAUCGUUUCGGUCCGCUUAUUUGGCGUUCGUCGAAGGAGCGACGUAAAACAAAGUACAAUAGACGCGACAAAUGCAACAGCGGCGAUUCCGGCAUACAAAUAGAGUUGGAGAACGAUGAGCAGUUCGCGCGUGCAAUAGCAGCUGCGGGUGGUGGCUGUUCAAGAAAUAAUAAAAUAAAUGGAAUAGAGGAUUCACCAAAGCUACGUGCACUGCGUAGAGCGAAUUCCGCUAAAGCUACCAGUAUGACGGAUCAAACUUCUGCUGCGUUAAAUGCCAAAGCUAAAAUACUAAAAAAGAUGGAAAUCUAUAAUGAACGUGAAGCUCCUGCGUCCUUGCCCACACGUUCCAUAAGCCAACCAAAUGGCUUGGAAACCUUUGGUAUUAACAGAGCAGACUUAGAUGAGAGCGACAGUGAUAGUGUAGCCUCACAUGAUGAUGGUCCCCACAAUUAUCCCAUUUAUGCUGAAGUACUGUACAGUUUCACUGCCACUGGACCACAAGAACUUGGUCUCGAGCGUGGUACACUCAUUGAAGUAUUACGCAAGGAAGUUGGUCCCUGGUGGUUUGGCAGAUUCAAAAAGGACGAUGGUAGACUUGUUGAUGAGAUUUUAGAUAUUGAGUUGGGUUGGUUUCCAAAGGAGUUUGUACGCAUCAUACAAUACCCUGACACAGAUGCUUUCUUUAUGCAACAUUUGGCGCAAAUCCAGCAAAGCGCCAUUUUACCAACAUCUGCUACAAGACUAACAACAAGAAUGCCAAUGCCCACUUCAGUGCCUGCAACCAAAUCACAUAGCGCAGAAAUCAUUGCUGAUAGCGCAAACAACGUUGAUAUGAAUAACAUAACCACAAUCGUCAUCGAAUCUCCUCCAUACACGGCAACUGCAAAUGUGAAUGUGAAUGGAGGAGAAUGCAAUGCACUAGCGCCGUCACGUAGUUUAAAUGUCAUUAUGGAUGGCGGUGAUAUCUUGCGACGCAGUGCUGUUAAAGAACUUUUGGACACAGAAGCAAACUAUGUGAAACUUUUGGCUUCUAUAUGCGAGGGUUACUUACCGGCUAUGAGCAAACGUAUUGAUAUUUUUUCGCCUAACAGCAUUCGACUGAUAUUUUCGAAUAUAACUGCAAUUUACAAAUUCCAAAGAAGAUUUCUGGAGGCUCUACGUAAGGGAAUCGAACAGAAUCAAGUCGCCAAAGUGUUUCUAAAAAUGCACAAAGGGUUUCUUUGUUACUCAACCUAUUGUAAUGCAUAUCCCCGUGCUCUUAUUGAAUUGGAAACCUAUGAUCGUGUUAAAGAUGCGAGGAUUAUAUUAGACAACUGUCGAGAAUCGGAAAACCUUGCUGAAUUACCGCUUUCCGCACAUCUACUGGCACCUGUUCAACGCAUAUGUCGUUACCCCUUGCAUUUAGCGGAAAUUUUGAAAACAGCAACAAAACAUACAACUGAAGCAAGGACAUAUGAUCUAGGUAAAUUAGAGCAAUUAGAUGCUAGUCAAUUGGAUAUACACGAUACAAAAGAAACUAUAGAUAUGGCAUUGGAAGCUAUGAAAAGCAUAACAGAAGCUGUUAAUGAAGGCAAACGACAUAGUGAAACCAUUGCGCGACAUCAAGCCAGUUUUCAAAAUUUUAAAGGUCCUCCACUACAUUUGCAUAGCACACGUUUCUUUUUACAAAUCGAUGCUACACGCCAAAAACAGAAUCUCUGGAACAGCAGUUGUACGCUCUUUCUAUUCGACAACCAAUUGGUUUAUUGUAAACGCGAUCUAAUAAAACGUAGUCAAUUCAUCUACAAGGGACGCAUAUUUCUUGAUCGCUGUCGUGUAGUGAAUGUACGUGAUGGCAAAAUGUUUGGUCACACCAUUAAAAACUCAUUGCGCAUCUACUGUGAGUCACUCGAUAAAUGGUACGAUUUUAGUUUUCGUUCAGCUAAUCGUAAACAUCGUUUCCUUAAUACGCUGGCACUGGAACGGCAAUUUGGUGGUAAAGCUCUGUAUGUCUCUGAAAUGACAGGCUUUGAAUAUAAUUACGAAGAGCGUGACUAUUCUGAUCAAUCAGAUUAUGAAAUGCCAGAAAGCGAGAGUGGUUUACCUAGCAUACGUGUACGUGAAUAUAUUUACGAUGUGAAUACAAUUGGCACUACAUCAGCGACAAGUGGCGAAAGCUCAGUACCCGAAUCGCCAGCAAAAUCCGCACCAAAAUUCAGCAGUGAUACUUUACCUAAAAAGUCAACACAGCAACGUGAUAGUAAUGCAAGCAAUGAAUAUCAGACCGGUUCAUUAGGACGCAGACGUUUGGGUAAUUGGUUUCGUAAGCCAAAAAGUAGCAAUAGCACACCAAAUCAUUCUCCCACUCAUAAGCCAGCCGUAACGCUGUCACAAUCUGCUGAAUUGCAUACAGCAACAACAGAUACAAGUGAGCUAAAUCUUGUACUAGCAGCUGAACAUAAUACAGACUUGUCUAGUGGCUCAACUGUUUAAAUCUUAAGAAAUACUUAAUUGUUCUGUAGUUAUGGGGUAUUAAAAGUAAUUUAAUAUUAUAAAAUUUUUAAAAAAGUUGUUGUUUAUUAGGCAUUAUAGGUGUAUGAAUCUCUUUCCUUUUAUAUAUAUAUAUAUACAUUUAUAUAAAGUAAAUAGUAGUACUGCUCUAUGUGCUGAAGUCACUUUACUACUGCUUCCCCACUGUUUAAGGUGUCAAUUAAGUGUUUUUUAUAUAAGUAUAUUUUACUUACUUAUUAAAAGUCUCGAUCUGAAAGGAUAUUUAAGUGUCAUUAGUCAAAAAAAAGUCAUAUCUUAUUAUGUGUAUACAAUAUUUAAACGAAGUUAUAAACUGUAAACGAAUAAAAACGAAAUUAUUAAUUUUAUAUUUUAGUUGAGAAGCAAAAAACAAA